AUGACUACCAUUAGAGCACUGUUUCUAGUUAUUUUCAGUUCUGCCUUUCUUGUUCUUCUUCCUCCAUGUACUACCCAUACUCUCCAGACCUGCGGGUUCGAUGCAAUAUAUCAGCUCGGAGAUUCAGUAUCCGACACCGGUAAUUUGAUCAGAGACGACCCUUCGUCUGUCUACGCUAGGCUUCCCUAUGGCGAAACCUUCUUCAAAAAUGCUACUGGUAGAUGUUCUAAUGGUUUAAUAAUGAUUGAUUAUUUAGCAAGGUCAGCUGGAAUUCCCUUCCUUGAUGCCUACUUGAAUGAAAAUUCAACUCAUAGUAGCGGCGUCGAUUUUGCAGUAGCUGGCGCUACUGCCUUGCCUGUGGAAAUUCUAGCAAAACGAAAUAUUACAGCCACAGUUACGAACAGUUCUCUUACCAUGCAACUUGACUGGAUGUUUACCCAUUUCAAUACAACAUGUCAAACUGACAAAGGUUGCUUCAAGAAACAUAGAACAGCUCUUUUCAUGGUUGGAGAGAUCGGAGCGAAUGACUAUAACUAUGCCUUGUUUGAAGGCAAGAACCUUGAAGAGAUUAGAGCUAUGGUGCCCGAGGUUGUCCAAGCCAUAAAAGUUGCUGCUGAGAGAGUCAUUGAUUAUGGUGGUUCAAGACUGGUUAUACCAGGAAACUUCCCUACAGGUUGUUUGCCUAUGUUCCUCACAGUAUUCCAGACCAAUGAUACCACUGCUUAUGACAAAUUUCACUGCCUAAAGGACUUGAAUAAUUUGUCAAUUUAUCACAAUAAUCAUCUCAAAAAAGCCAUUGAAGAGUUGAGAAAAGAACAUCCCAAUGUGAUUAUAGUCUACGGAAACAACUAUCAAGCAUACCACUGGCUUUUGAGCAAGGCUAAAAUACUGGGUUUUGAUACAAGAAAAGCUUGUUGUGGAAUUGGAGGGGAUUAUAACUUCAGCAUCAUGAAAAUGUGUGGCGCUGCAGGAGUACCGGUGUGUUCCAAUCCUGAUAAGCAUCUGAGUUGGGAUGGAGCUCACUUGACACAAGAGGCUUAUAAAUUCAUGGCAACAUGGCUCAUCCAUGACAUCUAUCCAAAACUUCAAUGCCAAUCCUCAACUUAG